AUGAGAAAUAAUCAAUCAUUAGAAAACUUAUAUGGUUGGUUCGAUGUUUCAAAUAAUUUCAAUAAUCAACAUAAUUGGAAUUCGAAAUACAUCGAAUUAAAUCAAUCAAAACGUACAUUAACUUUUUAUUCUGAUGAAUGUAUUCGUUCAACAAAUAAUGGAGUAAAACCAAUGCCUACAAUUGAUUUAAAUUAUGAGACAGUUUCAGUAUCAUCAUCAUCAUCGUCUUCAUCGUCCUUGUAUAAAACACAUGAUAGACGUACAUCAAUUAAUGUAUUUCAAGCAAAUAGUAUGUUACCAACAUUAUCUGAACUUAUAACUCCAUCAUUAUCCAAAACAUUAUCAUCAUCAAUUGUAACAGAUGAAAAAAUCAAAACUAUUUAUUCGAGUUCAUUGAUAGAUUCAUCACCAGAUCGUCCUUCUUCCAUAAGUAUACCAAGACAAUCAAGAAUAAAAUUUUCACAUUUUUUUGCUCGAUCAUCAAAUCAUCUUGAACAUUUUCUACCAACAUUGAAACGUACAAAAAGUGUAACGAAAUUAGAACGACAAAAACAUUUGAAUAUUAUACAAAAUCAACCAUCUUUACUUAAUAUUCCAUCAACUCGUUCUCGUUCACAUGAAUCCCUAUUCAUUUCCAAUGGUCCAUUAGGUUCAAUUUUACCAUCAAAACCAGCUGAAAUAAUGUUGAACAAUUGUCAUAUUCGUCGUCUUCAUCCCAGUAUUAUUUCUUCAUCGAAUUUAAAUAAUUCAUCGACAAUUAUUGAAAUACAAAAUAAAAAUAAGACUAAAAUUUGUUAUUUACGUUCGAAAGAAAAUUCUGUAUUAUUAAAACAAUUACAAAAUUCAUCUUUAAAAAAUAUAAAUCAUGGUUUACGAAUUGAUAAUUCAUUAGAUAUUUGGAUUUUAGAAGCAAAAGGUUUGCCAACAAAAAAAAAUUGUAAAUAUUAUAUUAAAAUAUUUCUUGAUAAUGAUAUUUAUGGUAAAACAACAAAUAUUGAACGACGUGAUGCACUUUUUUGGGGAGAAAAUUUUAUUUUCAAAGAUUUACCAGAAGGCUGUUCUAUACUUCAAUGUAAACUCUACAUUGAACGACAUAAACAAAAACAACAUGGUAUUGAAGUAAUUGGUUAUGUUGAUAUACCAUUAUCAACGAUAAUUGGCAAUCAAUUUAUUGAACGAUGGUAUCCAAUACAAAUAGGAAAUACAAAAGAAAAAAUACAAGAUGGAGCGGUUACGAUAAGAAUUAAAACGAAAUAUCAAACUAUUGAAAUUUUAUCAAUUGAUUUAUAUUUUAAUUUGCAAGAAUAUAUUCGUCAAAACUAUCUUCAACUUAUUGAAAUACUCGAACCAAAUAUUAGUUUAAAAGAUAAAGAUGAAAUUGCUACAUCAUUGACACGUAUUGCUCAAUCAUUAUCUUAUUCCAUUUCAUAUCUUGUUGAUAUAAUUCAAGCAGAAAUAUUAUCUACAUCAGAUAAUUCAUUAACAUUUCGUGGUAAUUCUAUUGCAACAAAAUCUAUGGAAUCAUAUAUGAAAUUAAUUGGUGAAACAUAUUUACAUAAAACAUUGACACAUUUUAUAAUAGAUAUUAUAUUAUCAAAGAAUUUCAAUGAUAUAGAACUUGAAGUUGAUCCUGAUCGAAUAAUAAAUAUUGAAAAUUUAGAAAAAAAUCAAUUAACAUUAAAAUUAUUAUGCGAACAAAUUUGGUUAGAAAUUCAACAAUCAUAUAUUUCAUUUCCUCAUGAACUAAAAUAUAUAUUUUGGAAACUUCGACAAUUAUCAUUAAAUGAUGAAACAAUAUUCAAUUUUUUAAGUGGUUCAGUUUUUCUUCGAUUUCUUUGUCCUGCUAUUUUAUCACCUAAUCUAUUUGGUCUGACUCAAGAAUAUCCAAGUGAAAAAGCAUCAAGAAAAUUAACUUUAAUUGCUAAAACAUUACAAACAUUAGCAAAUUUCUCAAAAUUUGGUUCCAAAGAAUCGUAUAUGAAAUUCAUGAAUACUUUUGUGAGUAAAGAAUCUGAUAAUAUGCGAAGAUUUUUUAUUAAAAUCUCUACGAUUGAUUCUAAUGAGUCGGAAAUAAUUAACGACGAUAUUGAUUUAGGACGAGAAUAUGCUAUUCUUCAUACAACAUUAACAAAUCUAUUUGUAGAACUUGAUAUAAAUAUACGAGAAUCAUUAAAUGAAUUAGAAUCGAUACUCCAUGAAUUAUCGAAUAAAAAAUCACAAAAUUUCAAUCAAAAUUAUUCGUCAUCACAUAAUAACCAAAAAUCUGUAUUGGAAACAAUAAAUCCUGCACCACAAGAUCAUCAUGUAGAAGAUUCAAAAACUCAUAGUUAUCAGAAAAAAGAGCAAUUAACUGUACCACUUUAUUUCAUUAAUAAUCUUUCUACUGAAUACUCAUCCCAACAAGCAAUUGAUCGUCAUCAUGAAUCUCCUCAACAACCAUUGCUUGUUUCGAAUAAGACUACGCAAAACUUAGCAUCAUCUAAUAAUAAUAAUACAUCUGUAACAAGUAAUCCAAGUAUUACUUCUUUAAAAACAGAUGAACAAGUUAAUAAAAUACAACCACAAAUAGCUUUAACCGGACAAUAUUUACCACCAAAAAUGGGUGUUAAAGCAUUUAGUCACUCAAAUUUAAAUAAAAAUUUAGUCUAUCCACAAUACUCUCCAAUGUUUAAUGUAUAUCAAGAAGAGAAAUAUCGUCGUAUUGAAUGUGAAAAUAAAAUUGAACGGUUUCGUUUGCAUGAGUCAGAUGUUUAA